GUAUUCUUAAAAAAAGAUAGAAAAUUACAAGUGUACAAGUAGAAUUUUGUUUCCAGUUUAAUGAUGAAUUUGGGUUAUAGUAUAAUUAAUUACUUUUGAAAUAUAUUUAUCGAUGAAUGAUCAAAUAUCAACUUGGGGAAACAUCUACUAUUUAAUCCUUAUACCAUUAUGAAAAUUAUCACGAAAACAUGUAAAGGUAUAGUGCAAAGCAAACAUCGAUUGUUGACAUAAGCCGUAAUGUUUAAUUUAGAUUUUAAACAUGUUCUCAGAGCACAACAUAGCUACUUUAUGUGUAUAUCCCUGCUUAUUUAUGAAACCGAAAAUUAUUAUGAGUGAAAAUGGAAACCAAAGAAGUAUUAUAUCUCAGAUUACAUAAAUGGUACAGAUAGAUUGUGUAUUUUUUUGUUAAUUUGAGUUCAAAGGACUAUAAUAAUAUAUAGUUAUAAAAUGCACCAAGUCAAGUGUAGUUAAGAUUAUGAACCAGUUUGCAAACAUAAUGAAAGAAAGGGAGAGAGCAGAUUCCUCAUCUUAUGUUAAAUCAGAUAUUCAAGAGGAUAACCCUUCUGAGCUGGUUGAAGAUGAAAACACACAAUUGUCACUUGAUCCCAAUGUUCAAAUGUAUCUUGCUCAAAUGUCUCAGGAAUCAGGAUGUUGGGGAAAGUAUUUUCCAAUACCAUUUGAAAGAGCAGAUCAAAAGUCAUGGUGGGAUCCCACUUUUGAUUCAGAAAUACUCGAAGAACAGUUCAAGAAGAGUUUCAACAAAAGUAAUAAAAUAAAAUUCAGGUACGCUUUGAUUUAUCUCAUCGUUAUCUCUUCGGCGUGGCUUACAUAUUAUUUCGUUGUGGGCUUUUUAGGAGACGAACGCCACUGGCAUCUGGUAUCCGGUCUAAUCGUCCUAGUAAUUAUUUGCCUCAUAACUUCUUUGAUUUUCACUUACACCAAAUUCUUCGAUAAAAACAUGACAUUUCUAACGUUUAUAGUAGCUUUGUUGUUCAUCAUAUUGAGUUUGAUAUUUUUGAUCGUGGUAAAAUUUUCUCCAGUCGGUAAUCUAGCGCUUUGCAUUCAAAUAUCCUUCUUAUUGUAUACUCUGGUACCACUAAAAUUGUACGUCAGUCUUCUAUUGGGCAUCUUUUAUUCUACGGCUUAUGAGCUGCUCAACCAUUUCAUCAAUCCUGAAAUGAAUUCGGAUCUAUCUCUACUCGGAGCUAAAACGCUCACUCACUUUGCCAUACAUUUGAUCGGUUUCCAUAUUUGCCUCAUGAAUAACGUUAGACGGAGGAAUACGUUCAUGAAGGUCGGGCAGAGUUUGUUAGUGAGACGGCAGUUGGAAUUAGAAAAACGGCUGAAAGAAAAUAUGAUACAUUCGCUUAUGCCGAAAAGUGUGGCGGAUUGGUUGAAAAAAGAAGACGAGAAUUUCACUAGGAGGCAAUCCUCGGAUUCCACGCAUGAUAUUAGAUCCUUAUUCAGACCUUUCAACAUGGACAACAUGGAAAACGUCAGUAUAUUAUUCGCCGAUAUCGUCGGUUUUACCAAAAUGUCCAGCAACAAAAACGCCGAAGAAUUAGUAGACAUUCUUAACAAUCUAUUUCAACGUUUCGAUUCUCUAUGUAAAGUCCACAACUGCGAAAAAAUAUCAACGUUAGGCGAUUGUUAUUAUUGCGUCAGCGGUUGUCCGGAAGCUAGACCCGAUCACGCUAAAUGUUGCGUCGAAAUGGGCCUUAGCAUGAUACAAGCCAUCAAGCAAUUCGACCUAGAAAAAAACGAAGGUGUGAACAUGAGAGUCGGUAUACAUACCGGAAAGGUUCUCUGCGGAAUUGUCGGUACGAAAAGAUUUAAAUUCGACGUUUGGAGCAACGACGUUACUUUAGCUAAUAAGAUGGAAUCGACGGGAAAACCUGGAAUGGUUCACGUGUCCGAGAAAACCGUCGGUUUUUUAAACGAUGGUUACCUUUUGGAAGACGGCGAUGACGUGAUGGGUUUGCGUACAUACUUCAUCCUGGCGCGUAAGAGUGACAGAACUCCUUCAUAUAGUGGCUCAUUUCGCGCAGAAGGUCGCCAAAAAUACGCCAACUCUCUCCAGCUCUUCAUAUCACCUCCUUCCAAUUCUUCAUCAUCACCACCAUCGCGACCACGCGUCCUUUCUUGCGACACUUCAUCUAACUACAUCAAACCCCAACAACAAUCGCAACAUUUACUUUCGCCCGACGUUUGUAAAAUCAAAGCUAGUAGUCUUCCAAGCAUUUUAGAUUUGGAAAGCGACGAUACUAUCUGUACUACUCCGAAUAAUAACGAUUCCUCAUUUACCGACGACAUUAAAACUCCCACUAGUACGGCCAGUUCGGGAAAGUACGCUGGAAAAUUGAAAAGUUGGAAAAUACCGAAGUUUAUGAGGAAAUUGUCAGAUCAGAAGCAAGAUUUAGAAGUCGACGUAUUUACUGUUUCGCCUUUACCAUCUACUGAAGAUGGUUACCAGCAAGUUCCUACUAUCAUCGAAGCAACUGUGAACGGCAAUAAGAUAGAUUCAUCACAAAAGACAGACAUAGAAGAUUUACUAAAAGACAAUAUAGACAUUAAAUCAUACAUAAGUCAAUCUAGAAGCGACAUAGGCCCAUACGACUACACCUCUAACGCCGAAUUCAUCAGGAGCGGAAGUUAUCGUUCCCAAUAUAGUCGAUCGCCAUUAUCAGAUUUGCAAUAUCUGCAUCGAACGGGAAGUAAUAGAUCUAGAAGAGGUCGCUCGCCGUUGUUCGAUAGUUUAGAACCUCAUGAAAGGGCUAGAAGCGCUACGGUAUCCACUAUCAAUAUUCAAAGACCGAAGAGAUCGUUCGAAUUACCUAGUCGAUUAUCGAGCAUAACCGGUUUGGAAGAGAAUCUCAAUCAGAGUAGAAAAGAUUCGGGAAUACGGAGCAAUAGCAGAAAAAGUAGCAUUCAACAGAUAGAUGGAGCCCUUGCUAAUUCGGAAAUGCUACAUCGCGUGUCCGGUUAUUAUACAGCGAGUCAGUUUUCGAUAAAUCACACCCCUCAAGUGCCAAGAAAAUUCGGAACAUUUUUCGAUAAGAACGGAGCAACUAUACAAAUAUUGCGAAAACAAUCAGACAGACAACUAAUAAAAUGUGUUCAAGAUAACUCUAAAUCAAAAUGUUCGUAUUUCAUAAAGCCGCCCUUAUCUAGAUUAACGUUAUUUUUUAAAGACAAAGAAAUGGAGAAACAGUAUCGACAGAAUGUCCAUAGAAUUUCAAAAAAAGACGAACAAGAUAUCAUGACGUUAGCCAAUUCGAAAUUCAACACUUAUUUAGACGUUGUCGUAUCGCUUUUAGUUUUUCUAAUAAUUUCUCUCGGUUCUGCUUUGUUGUAUAAAGUAACAACAGUAUGGCUGAUAACCUUUUUUACUUGUUUGCUUUUGCAAACUUUGGGUAUCGCUUUUUGUUUCAAAUCGGUAGUUAGAUGGUUCGAUAGAGUUUUAUGGUGUUUCAUUAGAUUUUACCGAUGGAACUUUUUCGGAGCGAUACUAAUCAGCUUACCGUUAAUAUCGGCUAUAGCCAAUUUUAUAAAUAAUCAAACUUUCUCGCCGGCCAGCCUAAACGUAUUCAGCUAUUUGUUGUUCGUAGGUCUAGUUCAUUUUUGUAAUUUCACCCAAUUAAAUUGCUGGAUGAAAAAUUUACUAGCUACCGUAACAAGUUUAGCUUUAGCUUCCACUUUAAUUUUCACCGAUAAUAACACUCCAUGUAGCUACCAAACGAUCCAACCUAAUAUCACGAAUAUAAAUGAUAGUUCGUUAAUUUUAGAUAAUUUCAAUACGACAAAUCCCAAACAACAAAUAUCUUGUUCGUUAUAUAAGGCUGAAAUAGUUUUGAAUCUAUUCAUAUUGGUCAUUUUGAUUUGGUUGUUAACCAGAGAAUUUGAAAUUGGAUACAGACUGAGUUUUCAUACGAAUUUCGUCGCUAUAAGAGAUAAAAAUAAAGUACAAAGUUUGAAGAAUCAAGCCGAUUACCUGAUUUAUAAUAUAGUGCCGGAACACGUAGCCGAACAACUGAAAAAAGAUGCUAAAUAUUCGGAAAAUUUCAAAGACGUCGCCAUCAUAUUCGCCAGUAUUGUAAAUUUUAAUGAAAUGUACGAUGAAAGUUACGAAGGGGGUAGAGAAUAUUUGCGCGUACUCAACGAAUUGAUCGGCGAUUUCGACGAACUUUUGAACCGAUCCGAAUUCCAUUGCGUAGAAAAAAUAAAAACAAUCGGUUCGACUUUUAUGGCGGCGAGUGGAUUAAAUUCACGUAAACGUCAACAACAGAAAGAUCCGAACGAACAUCUCUACGCCCUGAUGGAUUUCGCUAUAGAAUUACAACACGUCGUCAACGAUUUCAAUCGAGAUUUGCUCGGUUUCGAUUUGGAGUUAAGAAUAGGUUACAAUUUCGGUGACGUAACUGCGGCCGUUAUUGGUAACACGAAGCUAUUCUAUGACAUUUGGGGUGAUGCUGUCAAUAUCGCUUCCAGAAUGGACAGUACAGGCAUGAAAGGGAAAAUACAGGUAGGUGAACAUUGUUUACCCGCUAUGCAAGAAAAAUACGAGUUCGAAUUGAGGGGAUCGGUUUACGUUAAAGGUAAAGAUAAUAUGAAUGUUUAUUUUCUCAAAAAGAAAAAAACUUCGCCGUUCCUGUCGGUUCCCGACACUUCAUUGUGAUGCUUAGAGUAGAACGUAAAGAAAUUUAAAUUUCAAAACGUAGUUGGCUAAGUCAUUUUUUUAGAAAUUCCACAAAGAAAAAUAAUCGUAACGUCCUUGUUUGACAAAAUAUUACCGAAGGUAUUUCAACUUUCGUCUACAAACUAAAAUCAUAUGGAAAUAUUAGUAUUACUUGAUUGCUUAAUCCCGAAGGCUUUUUAUAGUUUCAGGUAUAAGGCAUGCUAGAGUUGAGGCUCCAUUUCCACACCAGUUUACAUUAUUUCUGUCCAACUCCACCUCGGUCUCCCUUUCUUUUUUUUUGUAAGUUCGUGCUUCAUAUACCUUCCGUAUUAAUUGUUCUUCUUCCAUUCUCAUAACAUGAUCAAACCAUCUCAAUUGUCCUUCUUCUAUUCUGUUUUGAAUUGGUUUCUCUACUACCACUGACACUACGGUCCUUAAAGAUUCUUAGCCUCGUCUACAACAUUCCUCCAGUUGUUACGAUCCAACGUUCGUCGUCUUCACACCUAAAUCCCGAAGAUCUUCUUUGACUUCAUCCAGCCAUCGUUUGCGCGGUAGUCCAGGCAGUCGCCGGCCCUCGGUCUUCUGACCUUCCACAUACAUUCCAAGUGGUCUAGCCAUCUGAGUCUGUCCCUCUUGACUUCUGUCAUCAGGUUGAGGUCUUCAUAGGGCCGAUAGAACUCGGUGUUUGUACGGCUGCGCCAUGCUCGCAUGCUGAUCUAAUAUAUUCAGCGUAAGAUCUUUCGCUCCCUUGUGUUGAACAGCCGCUACUCGCGGCCAUUACGUUGACCGUUUGCGUAUAUUUUCAAAAAUUUUUUGAAGAAGUGGUCGAGGAAUACUGAUCUUUUCUUCAAUAUUAUUCUCGUAGACCACGCUCUUAAGCUAAUUCCCCAAGAAAAAAUCAAGUGGGUUCAAAGCAGGGCUUCGAGGUGACUUGUUAGUGGUGUUGGAAUCAUGUCAGCUGGUUAUAAUGCUCAUAUUGUUGCAGUUGAGACCCUAAAAAAUUGCGUAUCAUGUCGUGCAGAAGUUACAGUCACUGUAUGCCCUCUGUUAUCUUUAUAAAAGUAGGGCCAAAUAUUGCAGUUCGCCGACAC